CGGGCAGGUGGUGGCGCCAGCUCGCCCGUCCCCGCCCGCCGCUGCCGCUGCCGCCGCCGCCGCCCCCUCCCCUCUUUGCCUUCGCAGCUCGAGGCGGCGGCGGAACGAUGGAGGGCGCUUCCUUCGGAGCCGGGCGGGCGGGCGCGGCGGUGGAGCCGGCGGAAUUCGCCAAGCGGCCCCAGACUCUCCUCAGGGUCCUCGCCGGGGUGCUCUCUAUUGUGGUGUUUGGCUCCAUCAUCAAUGAGGGUUAUGUGAACACAGACAAGUCCCCGGUGCUGCGCUGCAUCUUCAACAGCAAUGAAGGAGCCUGCAACUAUGGCAUCGCGAUUGGGCUGCUGGCCUUCCUGGCCUGCAGCUUCUUCCUGGCGAUGGAUGUCUACUUCCAGCAGAUCAGCAGCGUGAAGGAGAGGAGGCGCCUUGUCCUCUUGGACCUUGGCUUUUCCGGCUUCUGGUCCUUUCUCUGGUUUGUGGCAUUCUGCUUUCUGGCCAACCAGUGGCAACGGACACCUGCCAGCAAAGGGGCAUCACAAGGAGGAGAUGCGGCACGAGCAGCCAUUGCCUUCUCAUUCUUUUCCAUCAUUUCCUGGGUUGCCCUGACUGUAAAAGCCCUCCAAAGAUACCGGAUGGGGACUGACAUGUCUCUCUUUGCCACAGAUCAGUUUGGCCCUGAUCCCACGGCAGGAUAUCCGGGACAUCCUCCCACCAGCGGUGGCAUCGAAAGCACAGAAGCCUAUCAGAGCCCACCGUUCUCUGAGACCAUAAACACCAGUCCCAAAGGUUACCAGGUGCCAGCUUACUGAAAGGGCAGGUGAUUCCCCCCAUGAGGUUUCAGAGCAAACCGGAACCAGACCCAGAAAAAUGGGUUGACACCCCACAAUGUGCAAGUAUAGUCAAUAGAUUGAUUGCAAGUGUAUUCAAAAGUACUUUCAUUUUCCCUUUUUUAAAAAAAAUAUGUGGCGAGUUAUGUGCUGGGUUAAACUUACUCUUAGCUAAUGGUGCAGUGAAUUCUGUACAGUGGUUCUUGUCUUAUCUGUCCAAGGAUAUUUUUAUAUUAAAAAGGAAAAGAAGGGCAACAGUGUUCCCUCUAAGCAGGAAACUCUAGAAAAGCUGUAAUUCCCAUUUCCCUGACUACCGUGGCAUUUACUCACGUGAUGCUUGGCUGGCAAGACACAGGGGCACUGGAGGGGUGUGGGUGCCCCAAAAGACCAGAUGGCAGACACCACUGCAUGAUCAAAGCCCUGUUCCUUGUUUGUAGGUGUCACGAAUACUCAAGGGACCAGCCAGAUAGAGUGCCCAUCUUUCCUGGCCAGCUGGUAUGAAAAAAAUAGUUCUCCCAGACAUUCCUAGAAGCCUGUCUUCUCUUUCCUUUUCAAUUUUCUUUCCUCCUAGAAAGAACUUAGAAAAGUUAAAAAGGGAUGUGCCAAAUUAAAAUACCAGAUAGUUGUGUUAUCUUCUCUGAUGUAUAGUUGGGUGUAUAUACUGUAAGUGCUAUACUUCGGACAAUAAAUGUGUAUAUAUGCUGCACAUAUGUGUUUCUGGUAUUCCAGGACACUUUGUUGUUUAAAAUGGGCACUUAAAAAGCUAAACCUUGUUCCAUUCCAGAAAUCAAACCAAUAAAAGUCCUUCAACAGUAAGAAAUGUAGCAUUUGGCCAACUUAGGUGCCAUCUCAAGAUUUGGUGGCUCCUAUGGUCUCCUCUUGUUUGAAGAAUCAUCAUUCUUGUUGAGAAAUCAGAAGGGGGAAGGGAAACCUGGGAGGAUUCCCAAGGACAAAAGCGGAGACUUGAUUCCAGGCACUGGGUGGCCCCAAAGAUUGAUCAUAUUACUGACGUUUGGCAUACUUUUUUUCAUCAUGAAUAAGACCAAAAUGUUAUCCCUGCCACCCCUUUAAAAUAGCCAUGUCUCAUGUUGAGACUACCUACGCUUUCCUCUGAAACAAAGAUCCAUGUUGGCCCAAUAAGCAUUGUAAUAUUGAGGAAAUUCCCUCUUUCCUUUGCAAAUCAAGUAACCUUUCUUAGGGACAGUGAGACCCUUACGUUUCCAAAGCAAAAGUAUUCAUAUAUAAUUCCCCCAUAAAGGACCAGAAAAUUGAUAUAAAACAAAGAGAAUGGAAACAGUUUUUUAUAAGAAAAAGAAAUUAUUUUAAAUGAUUUCAGCUGCAAUAGGGGAAUGUGGUCUCAGGAUCCUCCUGCAGAGACGGGUGUCUCAGUAUUCUUAUAAAGAUCUAAAUUUAUUAGGAUUUUUCCAAGUGCAAAUAAACAUGAAAGUGGGAUAAUAUAUAUUUUAGCUGCCUCAGAUAUCUUGGGAGUGGAAAAGGCAGAAUACAAAUAGAAAUAGUAAAUAACCAAUACACUAAAUUUUCGCAGAGACUGUUAAAAUGGCCGUGGUCAUAUUUCAGCCUUAAAACGCACCAGAUUUGAUUCUGUAAGGUGAUCAGGUCAGUCUUGGCAGUUCAAAAGCAGUGCAAGAUUGAAGAUGUUUUUAAAACAGGGUAGAAUUGAAGCAAUACAGUAUUUUCCUUAGAGAGAACACUGGCACAAUAGCAGCCCACAAAACUGUGUUUCAGCAUUUUAGGAAGAAACCAUGCAGACUCAGAAGCAGAACUAUCAAAUAUUUAAAUGUUUCUCUUGAUUGUACAUGUGAAAUAAAUGUCUAUUGAGUAAUGUA